CAUGAUAUUAUCCACUAGUUUUAUAGACUUUUCAAAUUUUGGGUGACGAAUUAAAAAAGAAGAAAUGUUUUCAAUUCUUCAGUAGUCAAAUAGAUGAAAACCGCCGGAGCGCCGCCGCAUAGAGGUGGUUCCUCCGCCGCUUACUUUUACUGGUCUUCAUCAUCUUGCUCUUACGAUAGCUGUAGAGUUUUGGUGGUGAAGAUGGGAGGAAAAGGCAAGAAGCCUCAUCAAUCUUCUUCUUUUAAGGUCCACACAUGAUUACACAUUUAUGUAAAGGAUUCAGAGCCAGAACCACCGAGAAUCAAAUCCAAUGUUAAGCAUAACUUGCAGCUUCUGAAGUUAUGGAAGGAGUUUCAGAGUAGAGGAUCUGGCAUGGCUAAGCCAGCGACUAGUUACAGGAAGAAGAAAGUAGAGAAAGACGAGUUACCGGAUGAUAGUGAGCUCUACCGGGAUCCUACAAAUACGCUUUACUACACGAACCAGGGUCUAUUGGAUGAUGCAGUUCCGGUUUUGCUUGUUGAUGGUUAUAAUGUGUGUGGAUAUUGGAUGAAGUUAAAGAAACAUUUCAUGAAAGGAAGGCUUGACGUUGCUCGGCAGAAGUUAGUUGAUGAACUUGUGUCAUUCAGUAUGGUUAAAGAGGUUAAGGUAGUGGUUGUGUUUGAUGCUCUCAUGUCUGGUCUCCCUACUCACAAGGAAGAUUUUGCAGGUGUUGAUGUGAUUUUCUCUGGAGAAACUUGCGCUGACGCUUGGAUUGAAAAGGAGGUGGUUGCGUUGAGAGAAGAUGGAUGCCCUAAGGUUUGGGUUGUAACAUCUGAUGUCUGUCAACAACAAGCAGCACAUGGAGCGGGAGCUUAUAUUUGGAGUAGCAAGGCACUGGUUUCUGAGAUCAAAUCAAUGCACAAGGAAGUAGAGAGAAUGAUGCAAGAAACAAGGUCAACAUCUUUCCAAGGGAGAUUGCUGAAACACAAUCUUGAUUCUGAAGUCGUGGAUGCUCUUAAAGAUCUAAGAGACAAAUUAUCAGAAAACGAGACAAAGAGAUGACAGCAAGGCUUGGUCUCUCCAUGUAACUUCUGUCCUAAGUAAGCUAAUCUGACUUAUAAAAAACAGAGGCUGCAGAGGAAACUAGAGAGAUAGAGAGAGAGCUCAAAGGCUCUGUUAAUGUUGUAUUUGUGUCUGAAUUCUUUUUGACUAAUCUAUAGAUUCGUUUUCUUUAGUCCAAACAUUUGGUUAUGAGAUGUUCCGAAUUUUAUUCUUAGCUUCAUGCAUAAAAAUCACCUUAACCUA